GCGACGCUCCGCCUCCCCGGGGGUGGGACAUGGCCAUGGCGGCCGCGGGACGGCAGCGGGCGGCGGCGGCGCGGCGGAGCCGGGGAUGAUCUCGCGAUACGCGCGGAAGCCGGUGCCCGCCGGUGCUCUGGAGAUACAGGGACUUCCAAAACAUGCCUUGCGGCACCAUCCACUGCCAGAGCCACGAGCUGCGGUGUGCCCAGCCACAGCCACGGCUGAAAACCACGGCAAGAUCCCAAGGGAGUCUGAAAUCUGGAAGGGAUCAGAUUACCUUUCUGUUACUCCAGCUGAUCAUGGGAAUUCGUGGUCUGCUAGUCAGAGUUACGCUGACACCUCCACCGAAGACGGCUCAGUCUUCUCUUGGGGUUAUGAUGAAUUUGAUAAAGCUGCCACACAACAAGUUCAGCAAAUGUUCAGACAAAUUGAUGAGCUUCUCUAUGAGCAGAAAGAAAAUGUGCAUGUUGAAGGACUGCGGGAAGAAUGCCACCAGUGGACAUCCAACUUUCCUCAUCUCAGGGUUGUGGGGAAGCAGAUAGUGAUCCCCACAGAUGAAGGGUAUGGAUGGUACUCGAGUUCACCUUCUGGCAGUCUAGGUUCCUCAGAUGUAAGUUCACCAGGAGAAAAAGAUUCUAAUGAAUUUAGUGUUUUUGGCAAGAAGGUACCCCUUUCUGUUACUCCCGUUCACAAAAAGGCCAGCAGUUCCAAGUCUCCGACCUUGUGUUCUCCAGAGAGCGAAGAAAGUGAAGAUGGAGUAAUUGUCUCUGAAGGUGUAAUGGAGGAAUAUUUAGCAUUUGACUGCAGAGACGUGGAGGAGGAGUUGCAUGAGAGGAAAAUGGGACUGUCCUCUAGUAGACGGAAAUUAGGAUUUCCUCCUAUCUCUCCAUAUUCAUGCAUGAAGGAUUCUGUGCUCGCAUUUGUGUUUGAUGAUGUGUGGAGUGAAGUCCUAGGCUGCAUGGAAGAAUUAAUCUGCAGACACUGGGAAGGGUCAGCCUCUGAUGAUGAGAAAAAUAUCAUAACAGUAGAAACAAUCAGAGCAGAUGCUGGGAGCCCUUUGCUGUUUGAUCCUCUGCCAGUGUUGUUACCUCGUGUGCCACAAACUAAAACGCCCUCAGUGACAUCAAAUCUGUGCCCAAAAACCAGAUGUGGCCGCAAAAGCAAAAAGAGGAGAAAACCACCUCAAGUAAAUCUCUCUCAAGGGUCAAGUAGUGGCUCUCAAUGUAACCUAAAUGGCUUGAUGGUGAUACAUGGGAUCCAGUUACAGCAAAGGAAUCUGCCUGUAAUGGAGAAAACACCGGACCUGGAUGACAAACAGCCAGACUCCAGUUCCAUCCCCUCUACCAGAGCAUGGCCAAAUCGUCCGCUAGAGCUCAGCACAUCAUCCCUGUCACGCUCCACACGAAGGCGAAACCUGCCACCACGUACCCUGCAUCCCAUCAGCACAAGCCAUGCUCGUACUGGGACCCCAGGUUCUGUGGACGAUGUCUUCAGGGGAACUCGAUUUCUGACUGCACAUGAGCAGCUGACCUCCCCACUGCCACUGAGCCGAAACAAUCUCCUACCGCCUAUUACCACCACCGAUGUGGCAGGGCACGCCAGCGCUGCAGGAUCCCAGAGGCAAACGAAAUCUCGAGGAAACUCAAGUCGAGCUCACAGUGUAACAACAAAUGAAGACACCCACCAGCAGCUACAGGAGCAGCUUUUCUUACCUGAUGACUUCUCCAGGCCCAACACAACCAACGUGUUCUUGCCAGAUGCACAGCACCACCGCUCUUGCACUGUUAUUGAUUAUAGUAAUCAGUCUUGGACAAGAAGAGGAUCGACGGGUUCAGGUCUUCCGCGGCAUGGUUCUAUGAAAGCCCACAGGCGAACUGGAUCAGUCACAAAAAGCAAACAGGGGUUCUAAAGUGCCACCAAGGAGUAUCCACCCGUCUCCGGCGAGUCCUGAACCACCUCACGUUCCCAGCAACGUCAACAUUGUUUACAGAGAGCUUUCACACACCCUUCCUUAAUGAAUAGCUAUUUUUUAUAUAAAUCUAAGAAGCAGCUGCCAAAGAUUAGAAGGGGUAUACCUGAACAUUCCAUUUUCUACCCGUAGAAGAAGUUACGCUCCAGUGGAAGGGUGAAUAUAUUCCAGCAGGCACUAAAGCCUAACUCCCAGAAAGCGAGCACACACUCUCAGCCGUUGCCGUUCUCCCGUUACUGGAUUGUUACUGGUUCAUGUUGUUAGAGGCAGGUACUGCAGAACCUGCUCGGUUUUCUGUUAGCUCCACAGAAGAUUAAUCAGGUGUUCCAUAGCAGUAGUAAUUUAAAUUUUUAAAGCUAUAUUAAUGUGUAAAGCAAUAUUAUACUAUCAGAAGCAAGCGCUGCACAUGACACUGCUUCUACAACUUACUUAGCCACGUUAUGAAUCCUGUAGUAAUUGCAGCAGGUAUUAACACAGUUGUGUAAAAAUAAGGUAGCAGACCAGGUGAACAGAACUGACAGCUGACUCUUCCUGAGCUGCGUACUUACACCUCUUCCUUAGUGAUGGAAAAAGGCUUAAGAGGCAAAAAGACAUCUGUUACUGCAAGCAGUUCCAGACAGCAUUCAGAGAAAGUACAGUCUUCCCGGUGAGGUAUUUCAUGGUAAUUUCACAGGAAAGGUCAGUCUCUUUCUAAAAAUACCUGCGAUUAUACAAGAUUUCGGCACUCUGCCAUGAAGUUCCACGACCCACAGAUGCAGCGUAGCUUUUAGAUGCGUUCCGUGCCAUACGACAGACAUACCAGAGGUAUUAGCUGUGGUUCCCUUGUGGCUCCAAGUAAGACAAAAACAUGAAAUAACAGGCUUCUCAAAAUAAAUAGUUAGUUGAAGGUCUUACUCCCAGGCAGUAAGUGCCAGGCUACAAGCGUAAAGGCAAGGUGAGGAUAACCACUUACCGUAUUUUAACAAAGUUAGGACACUGCACAAAAAUAGUUGUUCUUUCAAUAUCCAAUUAAAAAGCACUUUUUCAUAAA